AUGCCGUCGGCGUCAUCAUCGUGUUGUAAAAAGGGACCGGGCUAUGCAACUCCACUCGAUGCUAUGCAAAAUGGUCCCCGCGAAAAAGUCCUAUACGUUGCAAUGGUUUCAUGCCAAGAAGAUCAACCUGAUUAUUUAGCAACGAUUGAUGCUGAUCCGGAUUCUCCAGAUUAUCAAAAAGUUAUCAGUCGAUUGUAUUCUCCAAAUAUAAACGAUGAAUUUCAUCACUUCGGAUGGAAUGCUUGUUCAUCGUGUCAUGAUGAUUGUAGCAAAGAACGACGAUUUAUUGUCUUGGGUGGCUUUAAAUCAUCGAAUAUCUACAUCAUUGAUACAGCAGACGCAAGAAAGCCAAGUUUAUAUAAAACGAUUGAUUCCGCUGAAUUGAAAAAAUUCAAUUUAAGCGCACCACAUACAGUACAUUGUUUAGGCAGUGGAGAAAUCAUGAUUUCCUGUUUAGGAAAUGCGAAAGGUGAAUUGCCUGGUGGUUUUAUUUUAUUAAAUGAAAAUUUCGAAGUCACUGGACGAUGGAAUCGUGGAGAAGUCCCAUCAAAUGUUCAAUUUUAUUAUGACUUUUGGUACAAACCACGACACAAUAUCAUGGUUAGUAGCGAAUGGGCGGCUCCGAAUGUAUUCGACAAAGGUUUCAAUCCGAACGAUGUUGCUUUAAAUAAAUACGGUCAUUCAUUACACUUUUGGGAUUGGUCGAAGCGUGAAUAUUUGAAAACAGUUGAUCUUGGCAAGGAUGGCUUGAUUCCUCUUGAAUUACGUUUUUGUCAUAAUCCACCUACUCCGUAUGGUUAUGUGGUAUGUGCGUUGGGUAGUUCCGUUUUUCGAUUUUAUCAGGAUCCAUCCAAUGAAUGGCAAGUUGAAAAAGUUAUUCAAGUGGAAAGUCUAACUGGUGAUGAUGGACAGCCCGUUCCGGCUAUCAUUUCCGAUAUGCUCAUUUCCUUGAACGAUAAAUACAUCUACUUCUGUAAUUGGUUUCAUGGAGAUGUUCGUCAAUAUGAUAUUACUGAUCCGGCUAAGCCAAAACUAACCGGACAAGUUUGGCUUGGAGGUUUAACCAAAACUGGCAGUGAUUAUAAUGACAACCGUUCGCUUCAUGGCGGACCUCAAAUGAUUCAAUUAUCGGUCGAUGGUAAACGUCUGUAUGUCACUAAUUCGCUGUACUCGUCAUGGGACGAUCAAUUCUAUCCAGGAAUUCGGCAAGAUGGUUCGUAUUUAGCAAAAAUCGAUUGCGAUAGUGAAAAUGGCGGCAUGAAAUUGGACCAAGCAUUCUAUAUGUCCUUUAAAAAUGAACCACACGGUCCAGCGCGUGCCCAUGAAGUGCGCUACCCAGGUGGUGAUUGUACAUCGGACAUCUGGAUUUGA